AUGGACCUCACCCGACCCCCUUGCGCCCGCUACCUCACGGCCUCGUCGCAGCCGGCCAACAAGGCGCUGCGCACGACGGGCGAGACGGACGCGGUGUGGACGCACUCGCUGCCGUACGCGGCGUACCCGGACUUUUUCGGCCGACUCAGCCCCCCUAAGGAUGACGACGACGUUGCCGUCAUCGAGGCGGACGUGUGCGUCGUCGGGGCGGGCAUGGCGGGCGUGUCGGCGGCGUACGAGCUCGUGCACCGCGGGCACGACGUGGUACUGGUCGAGGCGCGCGACGUGGCGGCGGGCGAGACGGGCCGCUCGAGCGGGCACCUGACCUGCGUGCUGGAUGGCGGCGGGAUGUUGGACGACGGGAGGAAGCAUGAGGGCGCGCGCGCGGCGGCCCUGGUCGAGAGCCGCGCGUGGGCAGUGCGGCGGGUCGGCGAGGUAGCGGGCACGCUGGGAAUCGACUGCGAGUACAGGCGGCUGCCUGCUUACGUGGUUUCGCAGUACGCGCGGGGCGAGGAGGGGUAUGAGGGGGAGGUGGAGGGCUUGAAGGAGGAGGUGCGGAAGGCGAGGGCGCUCAUGGGCUUGGAGGCGGCGUACUGGGACGAUGGGCUUGCGGUCAGGGGCUGGGACGGCGCCGCCGUGGACCAGCGCGGCGCGGCGGUGUUUGGCGGCCAGGCGGCUUUCCAUCCCACCAAGUACGUCGUCGGUUUGCUGGGGUGGCUGAGGAGGCAGUCGAACUUUCGCUGCUACACGGGCGCGCGGGUGACGUCGAUUGAGGAGAGCGACGGCGAGGUCCUCGGCGGCAUGAGCCACAAGACUGUCCAGGUUUCGACGCUGGAUGGCCCGAUUGUCAGGUGUGGGUAUGCCGUUGAGGCGACGGCUGUGCCGCUGCAAAACCUGAGCAUUGUUGCCGAGAUGGAGUACUACCGGACGUACUGCAUCGCCAUUCGCGUGCCGAAAGGCCUGCUGGAAGACUGCCUCCUGUAUGACCGGGCGGAUGCAUACAAGUAUGUGAGACUCACACCUUGCGAUGAGUUGGAAGACUACGCCGUCGUGGGCGGCUGCGACCACAAAGUGGGCCAGGAGGAGACGGAGGGCCGCUUCCAGGAGCUGGAGCAGUGGUUCCGCGAGCGCUUCACCAAGGCCGGCGCCGUCGACUACAGUUGGAGUGGCCAGAUCUGGGAGCCGGCCGAUCAUGUGGGCUUCAUCGGCAAGAACCCGCACCAGAAGCGUACCUUCGUCGUCACCGGCCACAGCGGCGACGGCCUGACUCACAGCGUGCUCGCAGGCCGUCUUAUCGCCGACGAAAUCGAUGGAAAGUUCAACCCUUGGGCUAAGCUGUACGACCCUUCGCGCAUCGUCAGCGCAGCGAAGGCCGUGCCGGAUCAUAUGCUGGCGGACGGCGUCCAAAGCAAUGUGCAGUACAAACGCUUCCCGCAGUCGGACAUCAACGACAUCGACGAUCUCGGCAAGGGCGAGGGUGGUGUGCUGGAUUCCAAGACUUCGAAGCCCAUGGCCGUUUACAAGGACGAGAAGGGUCAAGUCCGCCGCUUCAGCGCGCUAUGCCCGCGUUCGAGCGGCGUCGUAUGCUGGAACCGCACCGAGAAGAGCUGGGAUUGCCCGGUGCACGGUUGUAGGUUCAGCAAGGAGGGUAUCUGCCUCAAUGGCCCGGCUACGAUGGGGUUGAGUCCGGAAGAUGGCUUUAGUGAGACGCUGCAGCAGGAGACUGUGAAAGCCUGA